CUGGUUAAACCGUCGUUUUAGUAGUAUUUAGUAGUAUAGUAAUGGCCUGUGUUUUGUUGGAGGUGCAGUUCUCAGUGUCAAACACUGGGUGUUGCUUGGGAGGGAAAUGCUGCGGUGCAAAAGAGCAGAGAGACCGAGGUGCGACGUGGAGGGGCAGAAUGGCACUUUUAUAAUCCAGCUGCACCAAGAGACCAGGCUGUCUGCUUUCAGUAGGAGGCAACACGAACAUGAAGCGUAUCGGUCAACUCUGGUGUUAGAAGACGUCGACAUGGACGGAGGACUUACGAUUACUUUCAUAUCUGUCGCGAUGUUUGUAGGUUGCUUUUUACUUGGAUUCAUCCCACUGUUGUUUAGACUUUCUGAGAAAGGCCUGCAGUUUGUUUCCAUACUGGGGGCAGGACUACUGUGUGGGACAGCACUGGCUAUCAUCAUCCCUGAGGGAGUGGGUUUACUGGAGGAGUCAUGGAGAGCAUCCUCUUCCUCCUCUGCUGAGACAUCCAGCCUGAAUGUUAGUGAGAAGAAUGCUGCGUCCACAGAGGGAGGCCCUCCGCCUCGGUUUUUCAUUGGGGUGGCUUUAACUUUCGGCUUCAUCUUAAUGUUUGUAGUGGAUCAGAUAGGGAAGUACUGUUCCAUGCACGACCAAAUGACUCGCUUGCCGAACAGUGUUGGCAUCACAGCCACAUUGGGACUGGUUAUUCAUGCUGCAGCGGAUGGAUUUGCUCUGGGAGCAGCUGUGGCUACGGGUCAAGUGACAGUGCAAGUCAUAGUAUUUCUUGCUGUGAUUCUACACAAGGCCCCUGCAGCUUUUGGUUUGGUCACCUUUCUGAUGCUUGCAGGCCUAGAGAAGAAGUUCAUACAGGGACAUUUACUGGCCUUUUCAGCUGCAGCACCUAUAGUUGCCAUCAUCACCUACUUCAUAUUGCAUGCAUCUGGCAGUUCAUCCCAGAGCCAGCUCAGUGCAACAGGUGUGGGAAUGCUCUUCUCCGCUGGGACUUUCCUCUAUGUGGCCACAGUGCAUGUUCUCCCCGAGAUCAGCAGCAGCAGGGCAGGCCGCCUCCCGUCUGACCUUCAGCAGCAUACCGGAGCUGAGGCCUACCCCUCUGACCUCCAUCAGUACACCGGAGACGAGGUCAACCAGCAGCAGCACUACCUGGGGCUCCUGGAGAGCCUCACUCUCAUCCUCGGGAUCGGGCUUCCGGUGGUGCUGGCUCUGGGGCUGACUGAUGACUAACAAGUUAACAGCAGGGCAAUUGAGUUUAGUGCAAAGGGCACUGUGCCAACAAGUCUGAAAUUUAAACUGUGAGGACCUGUCUCGUAUAUUGUACUGUGUGAACUACGUGGCAUUGCACAAAGAUGUGUGUAGGACAAAAUGUGCCUUGGAAACGAGCUCACCAUGGUUUGAUCUGAUCUCGGUGAAACUACCCUUUGAGUCCAGCUAUUGUUUGUGUGUCAAAAGAGCUUUCCAGAGGGUAUAAAGAAUCUGAUAGCCAAUAUAUUGUCCUCAGUGCACUGAGUUUCCAUUCCAAGACUGACAAAAGGGUGUAAUUUGUUGCCAGGAAUGAAUUCAAUAAGCUUUCCAAAGAACCUUUUUGUCUGAUGAAGAUAUUGAAAAUCAGAUGUCAUGGCAUGUUCAGCGUCGAAUUUCCCAGUACCUGGAUGAAUUUACAGUAACAACCAAAUAAUCUGAUACAGUCUGUUACCCAAGUUUAUUUGGUAUCUGGUAGCUUGAAAACAGAAUUUCAGUCUAUUGAUUUAUAAUAGUACACAUUACCAAAACACAGAUGUGGAAUUCUUGUGUAAUUAUUAAUAGUUUUGAAGGUGAGAGGAUUUUUUUUUAGAUGUGUGGUGGAACAUCUGCAAGAAUACAUAGCAAGUCCUGCUGCUUUUCAUGCCUGUUAUAUGAUAUACGAGUCACACAGAAAGAGGUGGGCUGACACAGAUUCAGAAAAGAGAUUCAGGGUUUUUGUUCAUAGUUACUCUUGCUGUUUCUCUUUCAGUUCAGUUAA